UCCUGCUGGCUGGAACCUGUUGCUCCGUAGUUCCGUGUUGUGCAAUGGACGGCAGUGUCCACCAAGAUAUAACAGUUGGUACUAAGAGAGGAUCUGACGAGCUUUUCUCCAGCGUCUCCAACGGCCCGUAUAUCAUGAGCACCACAGCCAAUGGCAACGACAGUAAGAAGUUCAAAGGUGACAUAAGAGGUCCCGGCGUGCCCUCCAGGGUCAUCCACAUCCGCAAGCUUCCCAACGACAUCACAGAGACCGAGGUGAUCAGCCUCGGUCUGCCCUUCGGAGACGUCACCAACCUGUUGAUGCUCAAAGCCAAGAACCAGGCCUUCUUGGAGAUGAACUCGGAGGAAGCGGCUCAGAACAUGGUGGGUUAUUACUCCACAGUGAUGCCAAUCAUCAGGCACCACCCGGUCUACGUCCAGUUCUCCAACCACAAGGAGCUGAAGACCGACAACUCCCCCAACCAGGAGAGGGCCCAGGCAGCUCUUCGUGCCCUCAGCACGUCUCAUGUGGACACGACUGUGGCGGCCCCGAGCUCGGUGCUGCGGGUCGUGGUGGAGAACCUGGUCUACCCCGUCUCCCUGGACGCCCUCUGCCAGAUCUUUUCAAAGUUCGGCACCGUGCUGAGGAUCAUCGUCUUCACCAAGAACAGCCAGUUCCAGGCUCUGCUGCAGUAUCCGGACGGAGCGUCCGCCCAGGCAGCUAAACUGUCUCUGGACGGACAGAACAUCUAUAACGGCUGCUGCACUCUGAGGAUCAGCUUCUCCAAACUCACCAGCCUCAACGUCAAAUACAACAACGAGAAGAGCCGCGACUUCACCAGACCAGACCUGCCCUCCGGAGACAGCCAGCCCACCAUGGAGCACCCGGCCAUGGCUACGGCCUUCACUCCAGGAAUCAUCUCAGCUUCUCCGUACGCAGGAGCCACUCACGCCUUCCCGCCGGCCUUCACUAUCCAGCCUGCAAUGUCCUUCCCCUAUCCAGGCCUGACGUGCCCGGCUCUGCCCGGAGGCCUGGCCUCUCUGUCCCUCCCCGGGGCUACCAGGCUGGGAUUCCCCCCCCUCCCUGCUGGAGUCUGUGUCCUGCUGAUCAGCAACCUCAACCCCGAGAGAGUUACGCCCCACUGCCUCUUUAUUCUCUUCGGUGUGUAUGGUGACGUGAUGAGAGUGAAGAUCCUGUUCAACAAGAAGGAGAACGCUCUGGUUCAGAUGUCUGACAGCACACAGGCUCAGCUAGCCAUGAGCCACCUGAGCGGCCAGCAGCUGCACGGGAAGUCUCUGCGCAUCACGCUGUCCAAACACACCAGUGUCCAGCUUCCCCGCGAAGGCCACGAGGACCAGGGUCUAACCAAAGACUACAGCAACUCCCCCCUGCACCGCUUCAAGAAGCCCGGCUCCAAAAACUACUCUAACAUCUUCCCACCAUCUGCCACCUUACACCUCUCCAACAUCCCCCCGUCUGUGGUUGAGGACGAUCUCAAGAUGCUGUUUUCCAGCUCAGGAGCCACGGUCAAGGCCUUUAAGUUCUUCCAGAAGGACCACAAGAUGGCUCUGAUCCAGAUGGGCUCAGUGGAGGAGGCCAUCGAGUCCCUCAUCGAGUUUCACAACCAUGACCUGGGCGAGAACCACCAUCUGCGGGUGUCCUUCUCCAAGUCCUCCAUCUGAGCCUCAGGCUUUAGCAUCUGAAUCCUCCACGCUCCUCCGAGAGUGUACUCAAUGGUGUCCACUACACUCCGAUCAUUCCAACGCAUGUCUGCAGAAACCACCGUGAAGUCUGGUGUGGUGUUAAAUUAUUUUUGUAGUUUUUUUUGCCUUCAAAGAGGAUUAGGGUCCGUUCUGGGAUCACUGGUGGAAGUCAGAAUUCUGCCUUUUAAUCUCAGAAGUCGGGGAAUUAAGUCAGUAUUCUGAGGACGUUUGGAACUAGCAGUAAUUCUCAGAUUGUAGUCAGAAUUCGGACUCGUGUUCGUGUCCUUCUUGUUUUGAAGUUGAUACCUUGUAGCCACUCUUGCCUUUUGACUUCAAUCCCAGAAUCAAGGAAUUAAAGUCAGCCUUCUAAAUUAAUUUCUCUGGACUGGAGUUGUCUUCAGAAUUCUUCUUUAAUCUCAGAUUCCCAGUGGUUUUCCUGUGGUCCUAAUCCUCUUCUUUGAAGUUUCCCCUCUGAGGUAACACUUCGGUCUUUAAAAUAUCAGCUCUGACACUUUGGGAAGUCACACAUUUACCCUCAAGCUGUCAGAUCUUAGUCCGGGCCUUGGCCUGGUUUAGCCUUCAAAUGAUCCCUGUGCCUUAUUCCUGGAGUCAGUGACCUCGACUUUGACAUGUUUAAAAAAAAUAAAUAAUUAUAACAAAUCUCCCAUCAUGCCUCUGUAAAUUGGCAAAAAACAGGUUUACAGUUGGUAAAGGUUUACUGUUGAUGAGAUGUAUUACAGAUAUAUCCAUAUUUUCUGUGUAUUUUAUUGGUGUUUUCAGUCCUUUAUGUUAGUGUUUUGUACUGCUGGUUACUGUAGCGUCAAACAUGUGAACUGAUUCUGUUUUAGCGGGUUUGCUGGGUCUUUAGUCCUAGAUGCAAUUCUCUGUUUUUCCUAUUCCUUUUUGAUUUCUUUAUUUCCAUGUAUGCAAUCAUGUUUUAUUCAAAUCAAAUAUUGUAGCAAUAUUUUAAUCAUUCCUGAACUUUUAUUUGUUGGGUUUUUGGUGUCUUGGCGAGCUUGGCGGUUCUUCCCGCCGCUCCGCUGCCUUUUACAAUCCGCAGACGAAUGUUGUUUUGUUUGUUUGGUGUUCUGUUGGAUUUGUGAAUCAUGAUGUUAGCUUGUCUUUUCUGUCGCGUUGCUCCUCUCAACGGUUUUAUUUAUAAAAGUUUGUGAUCCACUACAGCUGAAACCAAAAACGGCCUUCUAGAUGCAAACAAAUCCGCCUGCCUCAGGUUUCUGGUUUUAAAGACUUAAAACACAAUUAUGGUGAACUUUAGGCUCUGUUGGUGUUUUCCUGUGGGAAUCUUUUUAUUGAUUUCUCUACCGCUUCACUGGAUUCAGCCCACCAGUGCGACUUCAGUCUCUAUUGUUAAACCAGAUGUAAAGUGGAGUGCCUUCAACGCAGCGCUGAGUCGUACAUCAGGUGUCAAUUCCUCUUAAUUCUCAAAGUUUGACGGAGAAGAAGCCCCGCAGCCGUCAGAACCGUACUGAAACCAGAAGCUGGUUUGGUUUAUCUGUGUGUCUUAAUAUUAUUACGUCGACAUUCCAGCCGCUCACACGUCCACCUGAACAGACGUGGUGCAUUCAAAACACCUGGGAGGUUCGGUAGAUGGGAUUUUGAAACUAGACCUCUUCCUCUUUAAUUUCCAGAACAAACUGAAGUCCUGUCUCAUUCCAGAGGCUCAGAGAAAGUUUCCUUCUACCUGAACUCCAGUUCUCGCAACGUUGAUCUGUCCCAGAUGAAAGUUAAACAUCUGGCAGUGGAUUUAGAGUUUUGGUGGUCUUGCGACACCAGAUGGGAGAUCUCCGCGCCUACCAAUCCUAGUAGAUGCUUGAACAGCUGCUAAGGAAUGUACGCCCUUACUCAAGGACGCCCCUUUCUUUAAAAUGCUCUCCCUCCAUUCUCCAAUCCUUGUUUCCUGACUGAAACAGAGAUAUGGUGCAGAGAGCACAACAAGCACAUCGCAUGUCACCGCCCUGGAUCGGUUCUGGAAUGCUGGUUUUUUGAAACUCUUUAUUUUUUCCACCCACUUGCUGGCAGAACUUCGGUCUCUGUUGAGUUGCGUUCAUGGUUUUAGGGACCAAAAACGACCGUUGUCAGAUAUUCAGGAUCAAAUUGAUGACUGUGUAUAAACCAGCCAAUCAGAAUCCAGCAGGAAAUGGUGCAGAAUCGACGCUUUUGUUGCUAGCUUAUAUUUUUAAUCUCUCAGACUGAAUGCAACGUUUUUUAAAAAUAUUUCAUUGUUGAAUUUCUGCAAACGACAACUGCAGUUUGAUCGUGGAUCAGUUUUUAAUAAAGAGGUUAACUGUGACAAAGGACUCUGGGCUCCUGCUUGUUGGUGGUUCUUGGGGAGGAUUGAGGUUUACCUCCUCCAGUUGGACCGCCCGGCUGCGGAGGUCACUGUUGUUGUACUUUGGACUCAGUGAUCAGUUUCAGUUCGUCCCACAUUGCGUCUGCGUACGGUAAGAAUUUGAAAUAACACGAAAUUCAUUUGAAUAAACUGACAAAACGGAGAUCGACUGUGACGCCACACGGGAGAACGUCCCGGUGGUCCUCAGUGCGUCCCAAACAGAUGUGAGCAGCUGUUUCUCCCAGAUGGACCAAUGAGAACGCUCCUCCUGGAUGUAAAUAGUUUAUUUAUUAUCCGUUCUGCUGUCAACAGAAACCACAAACACAGGACACGUUUACAUCUGUCAGUCUUUCCCAGGUGACUUGAAUGCAUCACGGACCUUCGGUGUCGGGUGAGACGGGUGAGGCAGGACUGGGACCAGUGGGUCAGUAAGAGGUGCAGGGUGGGUGGGUGGGGUUGGAGGGCGGGGGGUGUUAAUCUGUACAUACGUGUUUUAUACCACAGUAACGUGUCUGAGAGCUGAUUGUUGGUUUUAUAUCUGAUGAAACGUGUAUAUUUUGAUUCAAGUGUGCGACCGGUUCUGAGCCUUACACUGUUUGUGUCACAAAGAAAAAAAAACAGAUUAAAUCACUUUUUAUCUAA